ACGCCACGAUCUGAUUCAGACAUAUCUGAAACACCCCCAUAACUCAUAAAGCUCACUCUUUCCAACAAAGUUCUGUUCCUUACCCCCCCCCCCAAAAAAGCAAAAUGGUCGACGUUGAACGGAGAAUGACCGGUCUCCGACCAUCACACGCCGCGGGUCUCCGCCGUCUCUCAGCUCGCGCCGCCGCACCAAAAACUCCAACGGUCCGAAACAGUCUCGUCUCCUUCUCAUCUCUCUCCGACCAAGUCAUCUCACACCUACACACCUCCAGGAUCCAAGUCCAACCGGGUCUAACCGACGCCGAAUUCGCCAGAGCCGAAGCCGAGUUCGCAUUCUCCUUCCCGCCGGAUCUCCGCGCCGUCCUCUCCGCCGGCUUACCCGUCGGAGCCGGGUUUCCGGACUGGCGCUCUCCCGGAGCUCGUCUCCAUCUCCGAGCCAUGAUCGAUCUUCCCGUCGCCGCCGUGUCGUUUCAGAUCGCGAGAAACACUCUCUGGAGCAAGUCUUGGGGCCCGAGACCGUCCGACCCGGAAAAGGCCUUACGGGUCGCGAGGAACGCUCUCAAGAGAGCUCCUUUGAUGAUACCCAUCUUUGGUCAUUGUUUUAUCCCUUGUAGCCCGUCUUUAGCGGGUAACCCGGUUUUCUACAUCGACGAGACCCGGAUUUUCUGUUGCGGGUCGGAUCUUUCGGAUUUUUUCGAGCGUGAGUCUGUUUUCAGAGGAUCCGAUUCGUCUCCGGGUCUUCUCACUAAGCAGCGUUCGGUUAGCGAGAUAUCCACCGUGUCGUCGUCCUCUUCAAAUUAUUCAAGAUUUAGCUUAGAUUCGGGUCGGGUUCGCGGGUCGGGUACACCGAGAUGGGUGGAGUUUUGGAGCGACGCGGCGGUGGACCGACGCCGGAGAAACUCGGCUUCUUCGGUGUCUUCCUCUUCACACUCUUCGUCGCCGGAGAGAUACUUGGAGUUGCCUCGUUCCGAGACGCCGAAAUGGGUUGAUGAUUACGUGAACCGGAUCGGGUCGGUUUUAAGGGUGGGCGGGUGGAGUGAUUCGGACGUUGAUGAUAUUGUCCACGUGUCACCAUCUGGUUUCUUUGAGGAUGAGAUGGUGAUUUUGGACAACCAGGCGGUUCUCGAUGCGUUGCUUCUGAAAGCGGGUCGGUUCUCGGAGUCGCUCCGUAAAGCUGGAUGGAGCUCCGAAGAAGUGUCGGACGCACUUGGUUUUGAUUUUCGACAGGAGAAGGAGAAGAAACCGGUUAAGGAACUGUCUCCUGAGGUUGUGAAACGAAUCGGGAAACUUGCUGAGUCAGUUUCUCGGUCAUGAUUCUCCGUUUAUUAAAGAAAUACAGCAAUAGUUUUAACAUUUUCAAAAGGUCCUUAAUAUAUGUAAUAUUAAAUUUUACCCCCUAUUUUAUUAUUAGACAAAAAAAUGGGAGCGUGUUCGAUUGUGGUAAACAAAAUACACUGAAUAU